AAAUACUUUAGUAUUUUAUCUUAAUAGUUGUUUUCGUCCUGGUGACGUCCUGUCAAUACUUCAGUCCAGUAGGUGGCGGUAGCGCUCCUUCAUGGUUGAUCCGACAACCGCCAUAAAACAUGAGAAGAAGAAGGACGCGGAACUUGAUGCGGAAGGUUCUUUUGGACCAGGAGCCUCAUAGCUGGAGGAAAAUAUUCAAACCCUUUCAGCUGUUUCGGUCCGAGUCCAGCCUCAAGUCUGCAGACCGAACCGAGUCUCCAUCGCCUGAACCCCAGCUCUGCAAACCCGAGCCAGACAUGCUGUCUGCCAUGAGGACAGGCUGCCGCCGGACCUGGAGCGGUCUCAGGAGACACUCGUCUUCGUCUCAAGGAUACCAGCAGGCCAACGUGGUGGUCCUGCCGCGCCGCAUGGCCGACGACUUCGAGGACUUCUGUCGCAGUAACCCCGCCCCCCUUCCUCUGCUGUACCGCAGCCAAUCAGGAGAGACUUCCUGUGAACCUCUGGCUAAACAUGCUGACAUCAGGACGGACGUCUCCGAGUUCUGCGUCUAUCAGGACGGCCGUCUGGUCAAGACCGUCUCCAGCCUGCAGAGCUACAGCGAUCCGGCCAGGUGGGUCAGAACCGGGCUAGCCCAUCUAGGGUCUCCUGCUGCUAACUGCUGGUUCUGUCUGUCUAGAACCGGGUCGCCACUGGCAGACAUGGUGACCUUCUACCUGGGCUGCAGUUUCGGCUUCGAGGGCCGGCUGGAGGAGGCCGGGGUUCCGGUCCGGAACGUGGAGCAGGGCCGGAACGUCAGCAUGUUCCGGACGGCGGUGCGCUGCGUUCACAAAGGGGAGUUCCGCUGCCCCCUGGUGGUCACCAUGCGCCCAGUGCCAGCAGGGCUGCUGGACGCAGCGGUGGAGGUGACCCAUCAGAACCCACGGGCCCAUGGCGCUCCAGUUCACGUCGGAGACCCAGCUCUGCUGGGCAUUCUGGACCUGACCCGACCGGACUAUGGCGACCCGGUGGAGCUCCGACCCGGUGACGUUCCCGUCUUCUGGGCCUGCGGAGUGACGUCUAUAGAAGCCAUCCUCAGCAGCAAACCGCCUCUGGCGUUCAGCCACUCUCCGGGCUGCAUGUUCCUGACCGACAUCCCGGACGCCCCGUCAGCCGGCACCGACCCACAGCUGGCCCCGCUCUGCUUCCUGGUUUCCCACAAUCCCCUGCUCUACAGCCUGGUCUCCAAGGCGACGGCCGGGAAGAUCCGGCAGCUGGAGCAGAUCAUCGGGGACGACCCGGGCCAGCGGGGAAUCGCAGCUCUGUUUGUCCAGGAUGAACUCCUCCGCUGCUGCCUGGCGCUGUCCCACUCCUCCUCUGUUGCCAUAGUAACCGGUUUCCCCACACAUCACCAGCACAGUCCUCCGGAUGAGACGGACGGUCCGCCCGGAGCUAUCGCCAUGGCAACCAUGUUGCUGUCUCUAGGGAAACGAGUGACGCUGCUGACGGACCGCAGGGCGGCGGACAUGAACCGAGCUCUGGUGGACGAAGCGGUGAGGACAGGAGUCCUCAAAGCUGCCAUCCCAUUGGUCACCUUCGAGGAUCGCGGUCCUGACUCUGCAAUGCACUUCCUGUGUCACCAUGGAGACACCACCAAGCCCAGGUUCGACCACCUGGUGGCGAUAGAGCGCAGCGGCCGGGCUCAGGACGGCAACUAUUACAACAUGAGAGGACAAAACGUCAAACACCUGGUGGAUCCCAUAGACGACCUGUUCCUCACCGCUCAGAACAUUCCCGGAGUCAUGACCACAGGGAUCGGAGACGGAGGCAACGAGUUGGGGAUGGGCAAGGUGAAGGAGAAGGUGAAGCAGCUGAUGCCCAAAGGAGACCUGGUGGCCUGCGACGUGGCGGCCGACUGCGCCGUGACUGCAGGCGUCUCUAACUGGGCCGGCUACGCCGUGGCCUGUGGGCUCUACCUGCUCCACACCUGUCCUGCUCACCAGCGCUACCUGAGGAGAGGACUGGGACUGCAGCCGGUGACCUCUGACCUGCAGCUGCAGGACUGGAGGAGGAACCUGCCGUCGGUCCAGAAGGAGGAGCUGUUCCUGGGAACGCUGGUGCGUUUUGGAAUACGAAGUGGGAAAACUGGGAACCUGGCCAUGGAGGUGGACGGCUUGACCUUUCACCCCACACACUCCCAGAUGAUCAGUCGGCUCCUGGAGGUCACGCUAGGCUCCCCGGGUCAGAACCGACCCGUCGGCCACGAUUAGGUCCUCGCCACGGAGCGGCAGCCGGUUGCCAUGGUUACCGCUCUGAGAGGAGGCGCCGGCUCAGGAGCAAUAUUAUCAAUCCUUUAUGAUUUUGCUGUAAUAAAGAUGUAAAUCAUGACUAAUUCAGUUCACCAGAACCGGGUCCAGAACUCUCCUGGCAGAAUUCUGGACCCGGUUCUGGAUCCGUUUAAAUUCAAGAAUUUUCACUUUUCAGGAAAACAAAUGAAGUUUUUCAGCUGAAACCAUCAGGACAUUUCUAAACGGAUCAGAACCUCCUGCGGUUUCUCGGUUCAGAAAAUAUUAUUUCUAUAUUCAUAAUUAAUGUGAGAGAAAUUUAACGCUGAACCGAUUAGCCUUGAUGGGUUUGGAUCAGUAUCAAUGUUUCUGUCCUUUACGAACCUUUGAUUCAUCUUGAAAUGAGUUUUAUUUUAUUUUAUCUGCCGUUUAUAUUUAAUGAUUGUUUCGAAUUUGCUGUGAUGCAAAUAAAGUCAAAAGCAUAUUUCUAUAAA